CAGUUCUACCUGGUUUCAGUCGAGUUUCAAUUCUCCCAGGAAAGUCGUAGUCUUGUUAUUUUUCCUGAGAAAUGGACCCCAACGUGGUCUUUUGGAGUUGUCGACUUUCCUGCUCUCUGCUCUUCCUUUGGUCUUUUAACUAUGGGGGCUGUGUGGAAGUGACUGUGCCACAUGAUCCCGUGAUGCAGCAGAAAGGUUCAAACGUGAAAAUUCCUUGUCACUAUAAAACAUCGGUUGGCAAAAACUUUGUUUUGGAAUGGAGGUUUGCUGGUGGCUCAACGGCUCCUGAUGCUGGAUCACAGAUUCUGUAUUUUGCAAAUAAUGAGCUCUACAAACCAGGUGGGCAAGCUGACCGGCUCAGCCUCCUUCACAAUCCUCCCACGCUGGGAGAUGCUUCCAUCCAGCUGAACAAUCUCCAUCCAUCGGAUGCUGGCACUUACAUCUGCGAAGUAAACAACCCCCCAGAUUUCUAUGGCACUGGUACCGGGCUUGUGAAACUUGUAGUUUUAAUGCCACCAUCCACACCAGUCUGUAAAGGGUCCACCUCCGCACCUAUUGGAUCAGAUGUCAGCUUCUCCUGCAGUUCUUCUGAAGGUGUGCCCUCCCCAAUUUAUUCUUGGACUCUGCUGGAUUCUAAACAGCCACUUCCUACCUCCAACAUGGUGCAAAACCAAGAAAAGGGAACUCUCCUAUUGACCAACCUCACACUUCAGUUGUCUGGUACCUACAGCUGCACUGCUACCAAUGAGUUUGGACACCAUAGCUGCCAAAUCUCUCUCCAUGUGACAGGUAUUUCAAAAGCUGGGGCCGUUGCAGGAGCUCUUAUUGGGGCCAUCUUAGCCCUAUUCCUGCUUGGAGCCAUUGUCCUCUACGUCUUGCAGCACAGGAGAAAAAAGAUGGCUAAGGAGAAGCCUCAGUCUGAAUACAGUGGAAAUGAAAUAAGGGAGGAUGCCACUGCUCCUGGAAUCUUCAGCCCCAAAGAGAGAAGGGACAGUAAAUCAGAAAGCCAACUCCUGGAAAAUGUCUCUUCUAGACCUGGGUCAGCCAGUACAACCAAAUCCCAACUAAAGAACUUCAUAGUCUGAAUUUGCAUCGCUAUUUUUUCCCUUAAAAGGCCAGCUUUGUUUUACUGCAGUGAAAGUAGGAUUCAUCUGAAAAACUCAUCCCAUCCAUGUUGCUUGGCCUUCAUCUACCACUCCUAAUCCUUUUGCUGCAUUGGUAACUGUUAAGUUACUUUCCUGCAGGUUUGUUUUAGGUUUUAUUUGUUUGUGAUGCUUGCUUGGUACCAUUUGCUUUUUGGCAUGUGUCUUUGGGCAGGUUAGGUCAAGAAACUGUAACCACAUGAAAAAGGAAAAAAAAAUCUUCAUUUCAACUUUUUUAUUUCUUAGCUAGACUGAGGGUGCAAAAGUCUAAUUCUAUCUCCUAUGCUAGUAAGAAUGUGGUUCAACAGAAGAAGUGCUGUAGAUUCUUCUGCUCACCACUUUUCAUGACUGAAUGCCUGUGGCCAGAAUGGAAGUUGCUGUUUUAACUUUCAUUUCUGGGGAGUUAUUCUUUGAUAUACAUCUCUGUCUCUAACCAGACUCUUUUUAAGGGACAUGGUCACUCACGAGGGAAGGGUGUAUGGCAUAAGAGAGGCAUGUUGCAGAAAGUUCCCACACUGCAAGUGCUUUACAUGAAACUGUCCUUUGAGACGGUUUGGAAACCACAAUUGUUUGAACUUAGUAAUAAUAAUAAAUAGUAAUAGUAGUAAGGUUGGAAGGGACCUUGGAGGUCAUCUAGUCCAACCCCCUGCUCAGGCAGAAAAAUCUACACCAUUUUGGACAAAUGGCUGUCCAGUCUCUU